GAUAAACUCGUCUCGAUUUUGUUUACAUUGUGCAAGACUCAAGGUCGUGCUCCAAUUAGUUUAGGAAAGGGUCGAGUGGUUUGGAGUUUCAUUGAGGUUAGUUGGGAGAUUUGUUUUCAGGGUUUUAGAGGGUUUGAAGGUGCUGAUGACACAUGGAGAACACGAGGAGAUGCUCACCAGUGGGAGUGACACCGAUGAUUCCAGGGAGGACAAGAGUGCAAUCAGGUGCAUCUUCUUUUCGGAGUUUCAUCACAUAGCUGGUCCAAAAAUCACCUGUCAGGUGCCUGAUAAUUAUGUCUCCAAGGAUAUUUUUGAUAAUGUCUCGGUUUAUAUUAUACCGAAAGCACAGCUGCAGAGGAGUACCAUCACUGUGACUCUGAGAGAUUGCAAAAUCCUUGGCUUCCCAGUGAAAAUUGACGACAAAAAAUACGCGAGAAAUGCAUUUUACUUCAAUCUGUGUUUCGUCUGUGAUGCAGAGGCCAGAACUGUUCAUUACGAACCUGUCGUCAAGAAAAUGUCUGAUUUUUUGAUGGCUCUGGAAGUGGAGAAUUGCUUUCUCUCCUCAGUCUCAGAGGAUAAAUCCCGCCUCUCGGAAAUGCUGAGACAAGUGAUGAACGACCUGAAUACCCACAAGAUGUGCAUCCUGACCGAGGGAACGAUGACAACUCAUUUGAAGGUCGUUCGUCUUGCCGCUGAGCCGAAGCCAGUGCUCGAUCACCAAGUGCCAAUUUUUUUAGAGGGCAAGGAGGCCUACUGCAGCGACCAGUGGGAUCUCACCACUCAGCAGGUACUUCCCUACAUCGAUGGCUUCAAUCACGUCGCCAGAAUCGCAGCUGAGGCCGACGUUGAGAAUAAUCUCGUUAAGAGUUGCGUACAGAAUUUAGUAUAUUACGGUGUCGUCACCCUCAUUCCCAUCUUUCAAUACAGCAAUGUUUAUGCUACCACUCCAAAGCUCAAGGAACUAGCCGAGGACUACAUUCUGCAGCAGAGGUGCAUCAGUUAUACCUCAAAAUCACCUCGACAACCCGCAUAUUUGAGAGAUAUUUAUCGAAUGUACGCUAGUAUGACUCAUGGGACUAGUAUGAGGGAUUUGUGCCAGCGACUGAAUCCCCAGAACCUGAGAAUCAAUGAGAGAAGACUCGUCCAGUUCGGCUUGAUCGAGGCCCUCAUUCGCCGAGUCUACAGAUAUCCAAUCUACAUAAAAGGCAACUGCGGAGAUAUUGAGGAGGAAGAUGACUCUCGAUCAGACUCGAUCUACAAAUAUUUCACAGGCUCGUACAGCCUCGACGAGAUCUGCUGCACGACGGGGCAAUCCGCAGCCCAGAUCGAGGAUACAGUCGAGAAGGAUUCGAAUGUCGUUAUGCUGUGGAAAUAAUAAUAACAAUAAUAAUAAUAAUAAUAUGUACCAUAUAAAAAGAUCAUUGAAUAAAAUUUUAAUAAA